CUAAACGGACAUUUUCACAUUGAAUUCCAUGCCCAUGCUAGCUGUCUCGUAAAUAUAGUUUACCCAUAAGACUCCCAAUACAUACCUCCAUCUACAACGUACGCACACAUCAUGGCGUCUCCAGCUCCCGCAGAGCUCCAAAAUGGAAUCUCGACGCCUCCGACCACUGCCAACGGCGCCCCAAACCCCAGUCCACAAACCGCAUCCUCGACGCAGCCGAACACCCAGUCGCAACCGCAAGCCUCCCAAAACUCACAAGCACCGGCCUCAAGCACCGGCCCAGCCUCGAUACCGAUCAAUCCAUCGCACCCACUCACAUCGCUGCAAGACAGCGGCGCGGGAAAGCGGCCGCGCGACGCGCGCCUCAUCCACAUCCUCCUCAUGAAGAUGGGCGUGCACGCGUACACGGAACGCGUGCCCCUACAGCUCCUCGACUACACCUACCGCUACACGUCCGGCAUCCUGAGCGAUGCGAUUUCGUACGAGCCGCCCGCACACGCCUCGGCUGCCUCCAAGAAGGCCGCCGCGAAAGACGAGGAGACCAUCUCGAGCAAUGCGCUGAAGACGGCCAUCAGCGCGCGCGCGGCGUACCAAUUGUCACCUGCGCUGCCCAAGGAGUUCAUGACGGAUAUCGCGAGCGAGAGGAACAGGAUCGCUCUGCCGAGGGUGGAUAGGGAGUUUGGAGUCAGGCUGCCGCCAGAGAGGUACUGCUUCACGGGGGUUGGAUGGGACGUGAAGGAGAGCUGGGAGGAGGAGGUCGAGGUGGAUGAGGAUAUGACUGGUUCUGGAGGGCCGGUCGGCGGGAUCGGUGCCAGCUCGGGGGCAGGUGCGGCUGCUACAGAUACCGUGAUGGGAGGAAUGGAGGAAGAGGAGGUUGAAGAGGACGAGUUUGAAGAAGUGAUGGGCAUCAAAGGCGACACCAACAUGACGGAUGGAUAGGGUUCUUCCUUAGGAGGCGCCUUUGUCUUCGGAAGCUUCGAUCUUCUCGCAGAUGGAGCGGGUGAUGGGCUUUGACGGACCGAAUCAGUUCAUUUUUAAUCUCAGCAUUUUUACGGCGUUCAAGAGUGAUCCAGUCACUCAAUUGGUACGAAAAGAGGCGUCUUUCUUUUUGGGAGGUAACGGGGGUAUACCAGAGC